AUGGAUGAUGAAAAUAUUGGUACAAUGGAUCAAUGGUUUGAUUCAACAUUUAUGGUUCUUAAUGAAUCAUAUCAACUUGAUUUACGUCGAGUUAUGUCACCAGAUACAUGUGAAUUAGUUCAUGCAUUAAGUGAUUAUUAUAUGUAUGAUAAUAUUGGCCUAUUUAUUCAUUUACUUGGCUUAACUUCACACUAUCUUACAGCAACGUCAUUUGUCUAUGCUGACAAUCAACUUAAACAUAAACUCAAUCUUCAUUUACUCUUAGUUGUACGAGCAGGUAGAGAAUCAUAUUGA